AUUUUCCAGUCAGUUAAAAGAAAACGCUUUUCUGGUCCUCUGGGGCUUCCGUUCCAGGUGACUCCUAUUUCCACACUGACAGCGUUUUGCUUCGCUCUGCCAAAGCUACGAGCCAGUCUGCAGAGAGCGCAGCUAGCUGACGCAGAAGUGAAGGGUCCAGUAAGUAGGAAUUGGGUGUGAGUCACACUAAAGCCUUCAGUGAUUAUUAUUAUUUACAAUGAAGAAGUUAAAAAGGCCAACAUCCUGACGUCCACACUGUGGUCAAUGACGCUCUGUUGCGGCUUCGGUGACUGACAUGGACGCAAAUGACAAUAAGGAUGUGAAGCUUUCAGCCGAAGUGGAACCAUUCAUCCCACAGAAGAAAGGUCUAGAAGGAUCCCUAGUCAGCAUGAGUCUUUCUGGAGAGGCGGGUGGCGGAGGAGGAGGGGGCGGAGGUAUAGGAGGAGGUGGUGGAGGGGUGGAAACCACUCCCAUACCAAGCUACCUCAUCACCUGCUACCCUUUCGUCCAGGAGAACCAACCCAACAGACAACAUCCUAUGUAUAAUGGAGGGGAGCUGCGCUGGCAGCAGCCUAACCCUAGCCCUGGUGGUCCGUACCUGGCCUACCCCAUCUUGUCUUCCCCCCAGCCUCCUGUCUCCAAUGACUAUGCUUACUACCAGAUUAUGCCUACUCCAUGCCCACCUGUGAUGGGCUUUUACCAGCCCUUCCCUGGCACUUAUGCAGGGCCUGUGCAGGCUGGGGUGGUCAACCCUGUCUCAGCUGAUGUCGGUGAAAGGCCACUGCCUCUGGGGCCAACAUAUGGGAUGGCCAGUCAGCGGGGGAGAGGCAUGGUCCGACCUAAUGUUCUCCCAAAGCAACAGUUGGGGGUUUGCCAGCCUCCAAGGGGUCGCCGACCUCCAACCAGGAGUGUUGCUGUGCAGAAGGAGGUGUGCACCAUGGGGCCUGAUGGUAGAACCAAGACAGUCAUGCUGGUAGAUGCAGCUCAGCAGACUGAUUUUCCAGGUGAGGUGUCAGGGCGGUGUGUGGCUGAGCGGGCUAGUCCCCUGCUAUGGAAGAACCGAACAAAGAGAAGACGAGCGUCCCAUCCAGCUGAAAACUACAAUGAGCAGGGCGCCAGUGAGGCAGAUAUAGACAGUGACAGUGGCUACUGUAGCCCCAAACACAACCAGGCAGCAGGAGUGACACAACGAACAGCCGAGACUGCAGCAGCAUCCACGGGAGUAGAGGCUGGUGUCAUGACAGCAGGUACCUGGGUAAAUGUAGCCUCUCAGGGUACCCAGAAGUCCUGGGGGGACAGGAACGGCCAGUUCCACAGAGCAGACCAGAGGAAGAAUCCCGAACAGAGAAACUUCUCACAGGAUUUCCACAGUGGCUAUCCAGGGCGUGUGCUGCCCAAUCAAUCAGAACAAAGACUACAGCCAGCAGUGGUCACUGGCACUGAGCUCACCCCAGAGCCCCUCUACUUUGAGGAUGAAGAGGAGUUCCCUGAUCUAGCCACUGGGGGGGCUGCCCAACGCAGCGCCAAAUCAGAAUCUAUUCCAGCCCAGACGCAUACGCAACCCAAACUCCCCAAAAACCUGCUGGAUAACCUACCAGAAAACUCCCCCAUCAACAUUGUGCAGACACCCAUCCCUAUUACCACCUCUGUUCCCAAAAGGGCCAAGAGCCAGAGGAAGAAGGCUCUGGCUGCUGCCUUGGCCACUGCACAGGAGUACUCUGAAAUCAGCAUGGAACAGCAGAAAUUACAGGAGGCACUCACCAAAGCAGCAGGGAAGAAGAGCAAAACCCCUGUCGAGCUCGACCUGGGAGACAUGCUGGCAGCUUUGGAGAAACAUCAGCAGGCUAUGAAGGCCAGACAACUCACCAAUACCAAACCACUGUCCUUUACAGUUGGAACAACUACUCCAUUCCACAGUUCAGCCUCGACCAACUUGCCGUCCAUGUUGAAGGGUCAUCAGCAGCCAUACUCAGGCCCACAUAAUGCCCUGGAUUCCACUGCACCUCGUGUCAAGAGAGGGAAGGAGAGAGAGAUCCCUAAAGUCAAACGACCAACGGCCCUUAAGAAGAUUAUCUUGAAGGAGCGUGAAGGGAAGAAAGGGAAGACGAGUGUAGAACAAGAGUCUUCAGGCCAAGAGGAGCAUGGGGAGCACGGGGAUGAGUGUCUACAUUUUACUGAUGAUCUUGCACGAGAGCCUGCCUCCCAAGAAGAGAACGGUCUGAGUAUGCCCAGUGAUGCAUCCCUCUCCCCGGCCAGUCAGAACUCUCCAUACAGCAUCACCCCGGUAUCCCAGGGUUCUCCCGCCAGCUCCGGUAUUGGGAGUCCCAUGGCUUCAAAUGCCAUCACAAAAAUCCACAGCCGACGUUUCAGAGAGUACUGUAACCAAGUGCUGAGCAAGGAGAUCGACGAGAGCGUGACCCUCUUGUUACAGGAGCUGGUUCGCUUCCAGGAGCGGGUUUACCAGAAGGAUCCCACCAAGGCCAAGUCCAAACGCCGCCUGGUCAUGGGUCUCCGAGAGGUCACUAAGCACAUGAAACUGCAUAAGAUAAAGUGUGUCAUCAUCUCUCCCAACUGUGAGAAGAUCCAGGCCAAAGGUGGUUUGGAUGAAGCUUUAUACAAUGUAAUAGCCAUGGCUAGGGAGCAGGAGAUCCCGUUUGUGUUUGCCUUGGGCAGAAAAGCUCUGGGACGCUGCGUUAACAAAUUAGUGCCUGUUAGUGUGGUUGGCAUCUUCAACUUCUCUGGUGCCGAGGGUCUGUUUAACCGACUAGUGUCUCUGACAGAAGAAGCUAGGAAAGCCUACAAGGACAUGGUUUCAGCUCUGGAGCAGGAGCAGGCCGAGGAGGCUCUGAAAAACGACAAGAAAGUCCCACACCAUAUGGGACACUCCCGAAACCACUCCGCUGCCUCUGCCAUCUCCUUUUGCUCUGUCUUCUCUGAGCCUAUCUCAGAGGUCAAUGAAAAGGAGUACGAGACCAACUGGAGGAGUAUGGUGGAGACUUCAGAUGCCCUGGAGCCUGUAGAGGCUGAACCGAGCCGCCCUGCACCUUCCACAGCCCCCCAGAAAGACAGUGAGGCCACCGUCAGCACCGCCCCACCUAGCUCCACUGCUCCCCAGCCCAGGUUGGGGGUAGUGACACAGGCUAACGGAGAGAAAGACGAGGUCCGUGUUGACGACCGGCUGGAGCUGGCCUCUCAGCAGAGCACAGAGACGGGCUCAUUGGAUGGGAGCUGUAGGGGCCCGCUGAACUCCUCCAUCACCUCCACAACCUCCACCUUAGUGCCCGGGAUGUUGGAAGAGGCAGAGGAGGAGGAAGAGGAGGAGGAGGACUACACUCCUGAACCUAUAUCUGUGGAGGUGCCCACCCUCAGCAGCCGCAUCGAAUCCUGGGUGUCAAAGACCCUGGAGAACCUGCAGCUGGGAAAGAGCCAGGACAGUACAGAAGAGGAGGAGGAGGAGGAGGAAGAAGAUGAAGAUGAAGAAGAGGAGAGAGGGCAGAGUGAGGAAGAGGAGGGCCUCGAUUCAGCGGACAUCACAGAGACGAGGGUGGAGAGCAAAGAGCAGGUGGAGGCCAAGAAGGUCACAGGUUGAUGUCCUCUUCCUCCCUCUGUGUUCUUACUCAUUCCCUCUGUCCUCUGUUUCUCUCAUACAUCCCUCUUCAUAGGAACCAGCAGCCUUUCUCCCUUUGUCUCUAACCCCUGACACCAGACAUAAUCUCAGGUAUCCAACCAACUGGCCAACACUCACACACAGACCAGUAAUAUUUUACAGAGAAACUGACCAACUUGCAAAUACACAGGGUCGCAGACCAAACGACGACUAACAUAGUCUGUAGAAUAGUAACCGACACCAACCCCUCGCCAAUAAACAAACAAACAUUCAUCUUGUAAUUUAAAAGGAUGCCCUCACCUCUUCGGCCCAUAACCUGCUACACUUGAAUACAGAGGAAUGUUUUUGAUAUUCCUCCUCCGAGGCUGAACUCUCUUAGAGUCAGGGACGUUUCUGGGAGCGAGUGUUGAGCGUUUAAAAAAAAAAAAUAGAGAACUGCGGUCUGUUGCUCACAGAGGAAGAAGGUUGGAACCUUUCAGCUCCCAUCUUACUUCAUACAGAGCUCAGACGGUUUACAGCUCUGCGAAUAUUUGUGUGCUUGUGUGUGUUUUUACAGGCACAUAGUUUGCAUUUAUUUUGCUGUGUUCAUUAGCUUUAUCUUUGUACAUAAUGUGUUCAUGUGUGUGCUUUCUUUAACCUCACCGAGGGAAGGAGAGACAUGCAUUUCAGUUUAGUUUUACUCACAGAAUAUAACAGUGUCAGGGGUUCUGUCUUUCUUACCAAAACCACUCCUACCCAUCAGUCUUCAGAGUGUUUUUUUUAAUGUUCAAAUAACAACCUGUCCCAUUCUGUAUUCAGAUAAUUAAAAUGACUUAACUUCUAAGAAGCAAAACAAGCUUUGUGUAUAUAACCUGUCUAGGUGGUUCUGCUAUGUAAUAGUUUGUCAUAUUGAUCUUGCCUUGUGUGAAACUAUUUGGGGUUAUUUUCCUCUGACAGGAAUUGUCUUGAGUUCCCAGAUGCUGUGUGUGUUUCAUAAAAAGUGCACCUGUUUUGUUCUCUCUGGUGGUGUUUGUUCUCUGAUGGUCUGUCUACUAAAGGGGGGCUCUCAAGCUGUCUCUAACAAGGCUGGGUAAUGACCUAAUACCAUUUUUAGAAGCCUAUUUAUCAUCAACACUGAGCCCUUUUUUAAGUAUUUUCAUCCAAAUAGCUAUUUUGCAAGGGUUUUGUUAAAUGAGCUGUUGAAAACAGACCUUAGUAGUAAAGUUAGUGGCUAAAUUGGAGAGCAUUUAAGCCUUUCUGAGUAGUUUACAACAUUGUGAAAGAAUCCACAAACUGUUUUCAGUCGGUUUUUUUACCAGAGUUGACUCUAUUGUCUUAAAACUUGCCACUUAAAUCAAAGUAACCGAUAGACAAACAGGUGUUUACUGGUAGUCAUUAAGUUUCACAAUGCCCAAUGACCAAAAAAUAUUAACUGAAAUGAAUCCUUGUAGCGGUUUUCCAGAUUUUAUGUAGGCAUUCAGCUACAACUGCCAGUCUAAAGUCAGUCCACCACAGCAGAGGAGCUCCCUCAUCGGGGCAGAGUCACCACUCAAGUCAAACAAUUCGUCACAAAUACAUAUUAAUGAUAACUCCUUGUAAAUACAAGUGUACAAAAGAGAUUUUGAUUUUGCAUUGUAUUAAAAAAAAUACAAUCACCCUGUUCUUAAAGCCAUUUGAUAGUUUUUAACAUUUUAUCAGUUGGAAUCCAAUUUGAUAACGGUAUUUGAUAGUGAAUCAUGGUGAGAUUUCAGCCAGUUAAUGGUGAUGCAGCGUGUUAAUGCAGUAUGUCGGGCUGUAUGCAAUGUGAAGCCCUGUGAUGGGAGAUGACAGUGUACUGAAUAUCAUACUCUGGAUUAUGAAAGUAUUUCUGGUUUGAUAAAAGGUACGCUGUAUGUAGGCUUUGUGUUGCUAUCACUUCCAUCAAAGUGUUUGAAGUAUGUUCGUUGACAGCAAGUGUGUUUUUUGCACUAUGUAAAUACAGUACUGGUAAAGGUCUUGUAACUAAUGUGAACAAAAAAGCAAAACAAAACAAAACAA